AUGAGCAACCAACAGUGGGUGAUAUCCCCCAACAAGGCCUUGUACUCGGGUAGAACGUGGGUGAUAUCCCCCAACAAGGACCUGUGGGUAAUAUCCCCCAACAAGGCCCUGUACUCGGGUAGAACGUGCCCCUUUAUUCGCUCCAAGGAGAACUGCCAGAAGAACGGGCGGAGGGACACGGGGUACCUCAACUGGCGCUGGCAGCCGCGCGGAUGCGACGUUAACCGCCUGGACCCCGCGGCGUUUCUUUCCCGGUACCGCAACAAGGUAUUCGCGAUAGCGGGCGACUCGUUUUCGUCCAACUUCGGCAACGCCAUUCGCUGCUCGCUGCACUCCUAUUCGUCAACGGUGGACUUUUCGGGCGAGUUCGGCGGCACGGACGUGAAGGGGUACCGCGUCGCGCAGUAUAACUUCACCUUCCUGCACAUCUCGUCCGUCUACUUGGUUGACGCCGAGCCCAUUGGCGCAGCCAAGAGCUCGGGCGCGUGGAAGGUGUACCUGGAUACGCCCCGGGAUAAAUGGGGUGACAUCCUGAAUUACCUUGACGUCUUCAUCUUCAGCGCCGGCCACUGGUUCGUUAACGCACCGUCCAGUCUACGCCAAUACUACAUAAAGGGCGUGCAGCAGACGGGGAUAACGGGCUUUAAAGCCAUGGAGAUCGCGCACGCCACGGUUCGCGACCACAUAAUCCGGUCCCGCUAUAAAGGCAUCCCCGUUAUGCUCUCCUUCUCGCCUUUCCAUGACGAGGAGGCUUAUGGCGGGCCGGACUCGGGGCGCAACUGCAAGGGCGCCAAGAUGCCGUUUACUGCUGCUGAGCUGGCGAAUGCGGAGAAGUAUGGUGAUGCUUCAGAGGCAGUGGGAGUGCAGUUGAAGGUGUUUGAGGGCGUGACGUGGAGCCCUCCCCCUGCUGCUGCUGGUACUGCCGGUGCUGCUGCCAGCACCAAAAGCAGAAUAAGCAGCAGCAGGAGAAGCAGCAGCAAGAGCAGCAGCAGGAGAGGCAGGACGAUGAGUAAGAACAGGAUGGCCAAGCCACAGGAAGCAGACGACCGCAACGCCGACACACCCUCGUCGUCACCCUCCUCAGGCAGCAGCAGCAGCCGCAGCGGUGGCAGCGGUGGCAGCGGCAACGGCGGCAACGGCGGCAGCGGCAGUAGCAGGAGCAGCAGCGUGCAGUUCCGAAUGCUAGACAUCACGCACCUGUCGCUCAUGCGGCCGGAUGGGCACCUGCAGAACUACACGGGGGGGCCUGGCACGGACUGCUCCCACUGGUGCAACCCGGGCGUUCCUGACACCUGGGCUGAUAUUCUCUACUCCAUGCUGCUGCUGUGA